GAUUAAGAGGAUUCGUUUCUUGGUAUUGAUCCAGCCGCCUACGGUUCACCUCCUCUUUGCUGCUUUAACUGGGUAUGGUAAAAGGGUCGCGUUCCCUCGGCGCUCGCUGGCCUUCUUGCUAUCCGCUGCAGGAAAAGACUGCGUUUGCCGAAAAAAAUUAAGAAGAUACCGAGAAUGACCGAGUGCGACUGGGUGGGUUUGGGCAGAGGGCUGGACGUUUUUGACUGUUGGUACUCUUACUGUAAAUUUGGGGCACCCCGCACUCCCACUCACCCCACCCCCAAAAAACCACCUUUCUCGGCAACCACUGGGCCACACAGUUGCAACAUGCAUUGCAGUAAGCCAGAGUUGCCUCUAAAGGAUAAGAAAAGUACUUCAGCUUCAAAUUCAGACACAGAAAUGAAACCUGAACAACUGCCUCCUUGUGUGAACCCAGGCAAUCCUGUGUUUUCAUGUAUGUUGGACCCAAAGACACUCCAUACAGCUACCUCACUAUCGAAACCUAAGAUGAUUAUGUAUAAAACCAAUUCGAGUAAUUACGGUGAAUUUUUACCUAUGCCACAGUUUCUCCCCUGCUAUUAUGCUCCAAAGGAUCAAGUGUUUUCAAGCCGUAUCAGAGCUACUGGAUUUUAUCAAAAUAACACUCUAAACACUGCGCCUGACAGAACAAGAACCCUUGAUUUUCCUAAUUUUCAACACACUCUAUGAAAAUAUAUUACUCCUAAAGAGAAAAUACACUCAGGAAAAAAUGAGUUUUAAAUCUAAGGCUAGGAUACUUAAUUUGAAAUAUAAAAAGAUUUGUAUUAAUUUUUUUAAAUACCUAAAGCAUUACAAAAGAUAA